AUCGAAGUGAAGAAUUUUCAAGUGAAAUUUUGUAGGGGUUUGACUUGGCAUCAUUGAGUGAUGGUCGAUCCGCCGAUAAACAUGUAUAUAUACUUCCUAGCAAUCUUCUUUAAUCAAAUCAUCCAAAAAUCUUUAAAAAAAAAAUUUGAAGGAAUAUUUCUCAUUAAUGGCCAUGAAAAAUACUAAUUUAAGAUAAUUUCUAAUUUUUCUCUGCCGCCAUGAUCGGCCCAGACCAUGAAGACUCCAGAAAUGGCAUUUUGAACCCGACUGAUACCCAUUUGGAAGUGGAGAUUUCCGAGUCAUUAACACCCAUAUCUCAAACAGCUGAACAACACCCAUCUUUCGUGGAACAAGAUUAUGAGUCAAUUUGUUGGGGUUGUGGGUUGCGACUUAUUCUUCCAUCAAAUGCACCGGUCUUUAAAUGUGGUUGGUGUGGAGCAAUAACCAAGCAAAAAGAAAACAAACGUGAAGGCAAAAAUUUACGGUGGAGACUUUUACGUGAUCGUUGCUUUGUUUCAGUUCUCCUUAUAUUUAUGAUCUUUAUAAUAUGUGGUGGUGUAUGGGCCAUAUACCCAGUUGUGUUUUCAGUGAGCUAUCUUUGUGGUGUGUUCCACUGUACAGUUACUUUCCUUUUGUCUUUGUUUACUAUUUCUACAUUCAGCCUGGCAGCUUUUAGUGACGCUGGCACUCCGUCACCAGUUGUAUGGGGUAGCUAUCCAGCUGUAAGGAAAGAUGAAUUGCUAGACUACACUUUUUGCCAAUACUGCUCUAAGCCAAAAUCCCCUAGAGCUCAUCACUGUAGUUCAUGUGAGAAGUGUGUGCUGGACAUGGAUCAUCACUGUCCCUUUAUCGGAAAUUGUGUUGGAGCAUCAAACCACCGGUACUUCAUCAGCUUCCUAUUUGCAGCCAUUAUUAGCGUGGCAUAUGCUGCCAUCAUGUCUGGAUAUGGUGUACUUCAUGUAUUACCCUCUAUGGUUGAUGGAGCUGUUCAGCAUAUACAAAGAGUUGACAGUAAAAUAGCAUUCAUUAGCAUCCUGAAGGAAAUAUUUGUCGCCUUUGUGACAUCUGCUGUGUUCUUUUCGGCAAGAGGGCUCGUUCUUCUAUAUCUGUUUGUUGCUAGCAUAUCUGUGGGGAUAGGUUUGACGGUGCUUUUGUGGCAGCAACUGUAUUUCAUCUUUGAGGGAAGAACGUACUUGACUAGUUUAAAUUCCCAGGUUGAGGUACAACGGGACUGCAGAAACUUGUACUUAUUUUUCGGAUUUCCAUAUUCUUGUCCACGAUUUUUACGAGGCUUUUGUAAUUCUAAGAAAAUUCAUAGCAAGUAGGGCAAAUCUUUCAACAUCGUCCCGGAGUAUUUUUGUACGGAGUGUACCUCAAAUUUGGUUUGCUUGAAAUGUUGUACAUUAGUAAUUCAUAGACAUUCACACUGACAUCUGUGUAAUUGUAUCUGUUACUAGAAAGACAUCCAGAUUUUGUAAUACAUUAUUUUCAUAAAUUUUGAUUGUAACUGUAACUCUGCUGUUGUAGAA